AUGGGCUCGAUCUCUCCAGUGAAACGCUACGCCAUCGUUGGCCUGGGCGUUCGCUCUGCAUCCUACUACCAAAGCAUCAUUCAAGAUUUUAGCGAAUAUGCACAAGUUGUGGGAAUCUGCGAUCUCAACCAGACUCGCAUGAACGCCGCGAAUGAUGCUAUGGAGGCAAUUGGAGCCCCGCGGGUCCCAACCUAUAAAGACCACGAUUUCGACAAGAUGAUCCACGAGCAGAAGCCAGAUGCUGUCAUCGUGACUACCAUCGAUAGAGUUCACCACAUCUACUGCAUCCGAGCGAUGGAGCUGGGUUGUGAUGCCAUCACGGAGAAGCCUGUCACGAUCGACGAGGAGAAGCUUCAGCUCAUGAUUGACGCCGAGAAGAGGACUGGCAAGCAAAUUCGGGUUCUGUUCAACUACCGCUACUCUCCCCAUCACACAAAGAUCCGCGAACUUAUCAAGAGUGGAGUGAUCGGAGACGUAUCAUCGGUACAUAUGGACUGGAUAUUGGAUACUGCUCAUGGAUCGGACUUCAUGCGUCGCUGGCAUCGAGAGAAGGAGAACAGUGGUGGUAUUCAAAUGCACAAGAGCAUACACCAUUUCGAUCUGAUCCACUUCUGGCUCAACACUGCACCGGAGACUGUAUACUGCGUGGGUGGUCUGCGGUUCUACGGCCGAGAGAAUGCGGAGAAGCGUGGCGAGAAGUACACCGGAGACAGAUAUCUCAACAACGCCGAAGCAAAGAACGAUCCAUUCGCCAUCGACAUUGUCAAGAACGAGCAUUUGAAGAAGCUCUAUCUUGACGCUGAGCAUGAGGAUGGCUAUAUCCGUGACCGCAACUGCUUUGCAGAUGGCAUCACAAUCGAAGAUACCCUGUCAAUGGUCAUCACCUACGGCAACGGAGCAGUCAUGACAUACAACACCUACGCCUUUGCUCCCUGGGAAGGUUACCGCGUUGUGUUCAAUGGCAGCUUGGGCCGACUCGAGGUCAACUUGGUGGAAGAGGGUUACUCCGGUGCCAUCGACCACAAGCCCGCCGCUGAGGGAGAAGACGACAAGAAGAACCAGGGUGGCGUCGAGCAGACCUCGAUCGUCGUUCAACCAAUGUUCGGCAAGGCGUAUGAAGUCAAGACCGAGAAGUCGGCAGGUGGCCACGGCGGUGGCGAUCCAGUUCUGCUGAGGGAUGUAUUGGUUAGCGACCGACCUGAUCAAUUCAAGCGAGCUGCGUUCCUCCGCGAUGGUGGCAAUGCCGUACUUGUAGGUGUUGGAGCGAAUCAUUCAAUGAAGUCUGGCCAAGCCGUGAAGGUACAGGAACUGGUGUCGUGGUAG